AUGGCGGCAGCUUGCGGAGACUCCGAGUGUGAGAAGCUCUUCUUCAACAGCUCGAGGGGAUCUGAUGUCCUGUUGACUCUCCAAUCAGAAUCUGUGGUCCAUGAAGAGAUAUCUGGAGCGCGCAAGAACGUUGCAGCGGGUGAAGUGACUCUCUGCUUGCAUAGCACGGUUCUUAAGAAAUACAGCGGGUUCUUUGAGACCCUUCUCUCAGGCAGGUGGAAAGAGUAUGAGGCCACGGGUAACUCCCCUGCAAUUCUGACGCUGAAGGAUUGCAAGGAAGUAGCAUCUUAUGAGAAGGUCCUGCAAUAUUUGUACAACCUCGAGAAUGGCCCUUAUGUGCAGUUCAGAAAGCUCUUCUGCAGCGUGCGGGCCGCGAUAGGACUAUUUGAAGCUGCCAACCAUUUGCAGAUUCUCUCCCUGAGAGAAAGAGCUCUGGGUUACAUUGAGGCAAUUCCUUGGAACCUGGAGGAGAUGCGACUUGUUCAGGAGCUUUGUGAGCAGGAGAUCGGCACCUGCGUGCUGCACCUAAGAGAGCGUUUGGCACAAGCGCCGGUUCCUGUUGAGGACUUCCGAGAAGAGAUUCUGAUUGGAUUACUGAAGCAAGAUGGGAGCGAGGAGAUCCGAACCAUCGCACUUGAGCUGCUUGGAAAGGGGGGCUUCGACGACGCCAUGCUCGAGAAUGUUUUUGCGACGAGUCUAGAGGCUUUGAAAGAGAAGGCAAAGAGGCUGCUGUUCAGGGAAGUUUCAGAAUAUAGCGAUCUCAAGAAGGUUCUCAAAAGCUUAUGGAUGUUGACCAGCCUCUUGAUAGAGAUUGGUAGAGACGUGUUGACAGUGCUGAAAUUGAUGAAGGAGGAUAUUGAGGAUCACGGUGUCUUUUUCAGAGGACAUUUAUGGGAUGAGGAUUGGCGGGAGAUUUUCCACGAACAGUUCUAUCAGCAUCUGAUCUCGGCUCUUCGAAGGGGCAACCCGUCUUUGCCUCACGAUUCCCGGGCGUUCGUUGUGAGCCUGUGGUUUCCGGGGACUCGCCGCGAAAAAAAGAGGGGAUUCCUGAGUCGAGAGGCUAGAGUCACUGCAGAAAGAGCCGUGUUUGAAACACUCCGUUCGAAUGACCAGAGGACGUGCUUGAGUAACUGGCUGGAAAAGCUACCUGCUUCAUUAGCAUGGAACCCAACUUUGAAGGACUGGCUCAUCAGCCCGUUGGAGUCCGGGUCUACAGGAGUUGAACUGUCUUCCUGA